UGGCUGAGGCGUCUCCCCCCACUACGCUAGAUGGGAUUGGGCGCCCACGGGUGAGGUCAUCACCUGGCGCCUAGGAGAGAAGCUGGAAGCGCAGAGUCACCUGAGCCAUUAUGGCAGUCAAGUGGACUGGUGGACAUUUUUCUCCUGUUCUCUGCCUGAAUGCAAGUCAAGAAGGGCUAGUGGCUUCUGGAGCAGAAGGUGGAGAUCUCAUGGUUUGGGGUGAAGAUGGGACUCCAUUAGGACACACACGCUUCCAAGGGGCAGACGAUGUUACCAGUGUCUUAUUCGCUCCCUCCUGCCCCACCAAGCUCUAUGCCUCACAUGGAGAAACCAUUAGCAUACUGGAUGUCAGGUCUCUCAAAGGAUCCUUGGACGAUUUUCAUGCGAAUGAAGAAGAAAUCAACUGUGUUUCACUGAAUGAAACUGAAAACCUUCUGGCUUCUGCUGAUGACUCCGGAACAAUCAAAAUCCUAGACUUGGAAAAUAAGAAAGUUAGCAGAUCACUGAAGAGACAUUCCAAUAUCUGUUCUUCUGUAGCUUUUCGGCCUCAAAGACCUCAGAGCCUGGUGUCAUGUGGACUGGAUAUGCAGGUGAUGCUGUGGAACCUUCAGAAAGCCCGGCCACUCUGGAUUACAAAUUUGCAGGAGGAUGAAACAGAAGAAAUGGAAGACCCACAAUCACCUGGUCAGCUUCUAAACCCUGCCCUAGCCCACUCUGUGUCUGUGGCAUCGUGUGGCAAUAUUUUUAGUUGUGGUGCAGAAGAUGGAAUCAAGACUCAGAGAUGUUAAGUAACCUGAGGAUGCAAGAAAUUGCAGGCACGAUUACUUACCUGCAAAGGAUCUUCAUUGUCUUGUCAAGCCUCCUGCCGUAGGGAAGCCCACAUCCUGAUCCAAAUAUGGUCACCACAUUAGUUAUAACAUUAGUAAUUUCUGAUCGUAGGAUGUCAUGAGGAACUUUACCAAGUUGAAAGAGGAAACCUGUUCUUGCUUGUUCUAUGUAAAGCCCGGAAGGCUUUCCUGACAAUCACCUUUUGCCAUUUCUAAGAAAAGUGUUCCAGGUCAAAUCAGUUUAGGAUAUUACGAAGCAAUCCAGGCUGUGAUGCUGAUGGGACCAAGAAUAAGCUGAAGUUAUGAAUAAGCAGAAACUCUGACUAAGCAGAAGAUGUAAGGUAGAUAGAAGAGGUAGAGAAGAGAAGCCAAGACUGUGUAGAGAGUAAGUUUUCUUUUCAUCGUGCCCUGGAUUGCUGAUCUCUCUGCAUGUUCUUUCAGCUUCUGCUUAAAUUGCCUACUCUUAUGUUCAAAGGUUUAAAGAGAGAUUCUGAUUGUUGGUUACCAUUAUCCUUGUUUGUGGAGAACUCUUUGAUAAGCUCAAUUUUAGUCAGAAUGUUUGCUGCAGAUGACAGAAACCAAACUCAAAUUGACUUAAGGGAAUA